AUCGCAUAACCACACAUCAUGGCCCGAAAAGCGAUAGCAAAAGACCAAAUCGUCAAACUGAUUGUAGGCGCAGGGCAGGCGUCGCCCUCGCCGCCCGUUGGUCCGGCAUUGGGUAGUAAAGGUGUGAAGAGCAUGGAUUUCUGCAAAGAGUUCAAUGCCAGAACAGCACACUAUACCGCAGGUACCCCUAUACCUGCGCGCAUAACAGUGCGCCCCGACCGCUCGUUUCACUUUCAAAUUCGCACACCACCGACCGCAACCCUGCUCCUAAGCGCAGCUGGUGUACUACCGACCAAGAACAAGAUACGGGGCGCAGGAAACGUGCCUGGGCCCAUGAACAACCACGAAGGACAAAAGGGGAAGACGUCAACGAGUAGUCCGACGGUGGGCAAUGCGGUCAAAGGCACCGUUGGAACCGUCAGCUUGAAGCAUGUGUACGAAAUCGCAAAGAUUAAACAAAGUGAGACACGAUUGAGUGGGUUGAGCCUGGAAGGAAUUGCGAGGAGCGUUGUGGGGCAGGCUGGAAGCUUGGGUGUCGUCGUUGUGCCAUAAGUGGGAUAAGAGUUGGACGAUGAUGCGUGGACACAGUGCAUGCGCCUUGAGACAUCAGAUGGUCUGCUGCGAGAGCAUGGGAUGAAAUCUUCCACAGACGGAACACGUUCUCUCGCGACAUCACCUGAAGUGUCUUAACCCAAAUGGUGGAGCUGGAAUGCAGACUUUCAGGUGUGCCUGAGCGAAACUGAGAGUAAAAUUGAUUUCGUUCAACAUGCUGGCCGGUGUAGAAUGUAACCUUGGAUUGCAUGCUAAAUCUAUCUAUGAUGA